AAGAAAGUAAGCAGACGGGAAGAAAAAUACACGGAACGUUUAAACUUCCUUGAAGUAAUUGGCAUAGAGUACAGCUAAGAUAAAUAAUUUUGGUUGUGGAGGAGGACAUCGAAGGAAUUGUCAAGUGUUAUACCUGAACAUCAAAAGAAACGUAACGCUGUGCUGAUUGUGCUGUAAGGCCUUGCACCAGGAUGGAUGAUAUAGCCAGUGUCAAGAGCAUGCUGAGGGCCGUGCUGAUGAGCUGUAAGGAAGGCGUGCCAGCUCAUAUCCUCCAGAGAGAUUAUCGAGAAAUGACUGGUGAACCUCUGCCCUUCAGGAAGCUUGGAUAUAGCAAUCUUGACGAUUUCAUUUUCAGUAUUCCAGAUGUGGUUCAUAUACGCAAAAACAAUCAAGGGGAGACAACUUAUCAUGCCAAGGCCAGCCAACAGACCGCUCACAUUCAAAACAUGGUGUCUAAACAGCGGAAUGCAAAGAAAAAACGCAAACUCACACCCUUGAAAAGAAAACCUGCCCCUCAGACCUCUGUGCCACGACCAUUGUAUCAUGGAAAUUCUCACCCUCCAAAUCAGUAUCGAAAUACUCAAUACCACUCACGGUCCAACAGUUAUCCAAAGCCAUCACAUAGAUCACCGCUCUACUCGCCACCGAAUCAGUCCUACAGUGGUCUACAGGUGCGGCUGUCGGACACCCCAAACCAGACCAACAAACAACGCUCUGUCACUUUUGACAGGAUUGGACACAAGACAUUGAGCAAGGCUUUGAGUGAGGCUAAUUCGGAAAGAAAUGAAGAGCGAUUGCCUUUUGGAUCACGGUUUGAUGUUCCCCCACGAUUCCGGAAACUGCAGCGGGCAGAGACAAGUCGACCAGCAUUACUAAAGACACCAGUGAAAAAGGCACCACCUCAUCGCCUGGAGAAAACAGAAUUUGACACAGUGCUCAAUGGACGCCAGUUCUACGAAAGGCUGGAGAAGUAUGCCCUUCAAAACUUUGAUGUAACCUCACUUGCAGUGGAAUUUAACACCAUACCAGUGAAGAUUGGUGGUUCACAAGGCUAUGUCAGCUCACUCACCUUCAGAGGCAAAGUUUAUGGCAGUGAGGAUGCCUUUGCAACCCCGGAGGAGGCAACUUAUGCUGUGGCUAGGAAGGUGUGUUUAGACUUAGAUACCAACAAAAAGAGGGAUAGCAGUCCAACCGAUCGUAGAUCCGUUUCUGAGUCUGUCCUCAAGUCUCGUGUCAAAGAGUUGCUGUGCAACAAAGCAAAUGGUCUGUGGAAGAAACGCCUGAUGGAGCUCUACAAGGAGCAGUUUAAGGAGGAUCCACCCGAUCACCUCUUCAGCCUUAUCAAACAGUGGAAUGAUAUAGCCACCAUACAGGAGAGUGCUGUCCCUGACAAUGAAAUCAUCACACCUGUGUCAGGGACAAGUCAAGGAGGUACCAAACCCGUCAGCCAAACCCACAAGUCAAUUCCCAGAGAAACGACUCAAACUUCUCCGGUAGUCCCACGCAAAACCUACCAAAGCCCAUUACCUCCCACACCAGCUACUAUUACAGAGUCACGGCAAAAGGCAGAGAACUCAUCCGUUAAGGAUCUCAAAAUUCCAAAGGGAGAACCUCUACCACUAGAGGAGAAGGUGACUGUGUAUGUGACAUUUUUCCACAACUGCGGCUACUUCUGUGUACAGAGAGAGGAUUCGCCUAUAGAUGAGAUAUCCACACUUCUCUCUCUUCAGGCCUCCGACAAGAAGGCAAAACCUACAAGGCAAGAGCUGUCCCCAGGUCAAUUCUGUGCAUCCAUGUACAGUACUGAUGGAAGCUGGAGCAGGGCAGAGGUUCUUGCCAAGGAUGAAAUUGGAUGUGGUGUUGAAGUGCUGUAUGUUGAUUUUGGUAACACUGAAGAAUGUUUCCCCAGCUCAAUGCAGUGGCUCUGUGAGAAGUCAGCCUCCUUCCCAGUCCAAGCUGUAUACUGUUGUCUACAUGGAGUCAAACCCUUAAAGGGUGAAGACUGGUCUGCAGAGUCUCAGCAGAAGUUCCUUGAGCUAACUCGGGAAGAGGCUCUUGUUGCCGUGACACAUGGAUUCAAAGAGGAUGGAGUUUGUGAAGUGGAAUUGUUCUACUCUGAUCCAGACAAGACAGUCAGCAUUAAUCAGAUGAUGAUAGAGUCAGGAGUGUUGGCCAGCAUUGACCAGGCUGAACCUAGCAUGGAACCAGAUGAUAUUAUGAUCCCAGAAACCAGCCAGUUGGAUGUUUAUGUAUCUUUUGUCAACUCCAGUACAGACUCUGUAAUAUUGCGACUUGUGGGAGACAAUUUCAGCGAGAAGUUGGAUGAACUAGAAACCAAACUGGAAGUAGCUUUCCAUGCUGCACCAGAGGAUGGUUCCAUUGAAGAGGGGUGUGUUUUUGUUGCCUAUGUAGAUGGUCUUUUCCAUCGUGUUCGUGUUCUUGAGAAUGAGGGUAGAAAGAUCAAGUGCCAUUUCCUGGACCAUGGAGAUACUGAUAUGUUGAUUCCAGAUCAACUGCGACUCCUGGACCCUGAACUCAAUAAGUCUUUACCCUACCAGGCUAUAGAAGUGUCCCUGUAUGGCCUGGAAGAAGUAUCGGAAAACAUCACUGUGUUGGAAUCACUGUUUGACUUUGCACUUGGAAAAACCUGUGUGGCAGAGGUCGUUAGUAGGGAAGAAUGUCUAUCUGUGAUACUGUUCGACACCUUCGGCCAGGAAGAUGUUAACAUCAAUGAACUGAUCGCCAAGACUUACAAAGAAGCAUCAGCGACUUCACUGUUGACGAGUCAUUCUUCCCCCUUGGGUAGUGUAGCCAAUCUGCUUGACCGCCCCUCAGACACAGCAGACCGCCCACUUGAUUCUUCACUCUCAAAUAAAUCUGUAGACACUAAGAGUAGUAGUGUUUCUUCUCUAUCGGACGCCUCUGAUGGUGUGACUUCUCCUAACAGACCAGAGGAGAAACCAGAUUCUCAUCAUCUGUCACCGGAGUCUAGUUAUCAUGCAACCCUAGCCACUAAACUUGAAACUGGACAAAAAGCUGGUAAUGAGUAUGUUGGACAAAAGCUCACACCUGCCCAACAAUACGCUUCUACAAAUGUGCGAUCUGAAACCCCUGCAUCAGUCAAAGACAAGCUCCUUGUUAGGCAGAAAUCUUCAGAUUCUUGGGAGACAGAAGAGAGUGAGGAGGAGAUAGGAGAAGAAAUCAGUGAUGAAAAAUCAGAAGAUAUAAACCAGAAUUCUGUGGAAAUCAAAGAUUUUGAAUGUGUUUCUGUGACUGAGAAAACAGCUGAUGAAAAGUCUGUGAUAGUUGUUUCUGACGAUGCUAAUGCUUCAGGGGGUGGGAAUGUAAUGGGUGAGGAGAUUGUGGUUACUGAUGACGUUACCAGUAUGUCAGGUGGAGACAUCUUAGUAGAAAAGGCACAGCCUAGCAGUUUGUACACAUGGGGGACAGGAAAACAAGCAGCUAAGGGCUCAGAUGAAGACCUUUGGGACAAAGAGGCCUACCAUCGUCGAAAAGUACCACCGCGUCACACUCUUCCUCAAAAUGGACAGUUCUGUGAUAUUCAUGUCGGAUUAGUGUUUGAUCCAGCAAACUUUGUUAUAACGCCUUUUGACACUAUGUCUGACAUACAGAGACUUCAUCAGGAGUUGAACGACUACAUGUCAGAAACACAAUCACAGCAGAGGCUGUCUGAGGAGGAAGUGAAGCUUGGACAUCUAUAUGCUGGCCAGCAGGAAGAAUGUUGGUAUCGCACAAUGGUUCGUCAAGCUGUGGGGCCAGAACUGUUUUCGGUGUACUUCCCAGACCUGGGAGAGUUCAAUGUUGUGGAUACCAGUGAACUACUACCCCUUCCUCUGAAGUUCUGGUCACUACCCUUCCAGGCAUUCAAAGCUAAACUUGAUACAAUUCGUCCAGCCAAACAUACUGGGUUCUGGACCGAGGGAGCAAUCUUCAAAAUGAAGGAGCUGACAGAGGGCAGAAACUUGGUUGGACUAGUAAGAGGGAUUGAUGACAAGAGAGUUGUCUCCCUUUCACUUGUGGACACUUCUGAUGAGAACAUAGAUAUUUGUAUUGAGGAUGUGUUGAUUGAGUUCGGAUUCGCGGAACCUUCCUGACUCAGAAUUUAUCUGAAUACACAUAGCAGUAUGAAAAACGAAAGCAUGAAUGUGAACCCAAUUUACUCUCGGAAAAAUUGCAGGCAACUUGCCACGACACUUUAUUUUAAAAAAAAAUUCAGUGCCAUAUUGCUUACCUAAAAUGGAGAAAAAAAAAUCCAAUUUUGCUUUUGUUUCUUUAAAGUGAAGAGAGUUAUUUCCCUUGCUGGAGUAGUCCCUGAUAACUGCUUUGCUUGUAUUUUUGCAAAUGUUCUUUCCAUAGUGUUUAACUAGUAUAACUGGAUACAGCUCGGUUGAUUCAAUGUAAUCUUGAUUUUGAUGAUGAAGUGGCAUGGCUACAUAUUUAUGUAUUGUUAUAUGAAAUACUCAUCAGAAUCACCGUAUACAUUCUGUUAUUAUGCAAAAGUAUGUACAUUACGUUUGGAAGCUACAUGAUUUGUAUUAUGUUGUCAUUAAAAAUACAUUUUAAAAUAA